ACAAUAUAAAAGGGGGACACAGUAGGUGAAGGUCUGCACACCAGGGGCUCUCUCUUGUGACACCAAACCACAAGGCCAACUCUCAGAAGGCAGAGCUUCGCCAUGCCCAGCCCAGCACUUCUGUGUUUCCUGGUCUUCCUGGCCGGGGUAGGAGCCAGCCGACACCAGAGCACCCUGUCUGAGGACAACUGCACCCACUUCUCAGUCAGCCUGCCCCACAUGCUCCGAGAGCUCCGAGCUGCCUUCGGCAAGGUGAAGACGUUCUUUCAAACCAAGGACGAGCUGCACAGCAUAUUGUUGACUAGGUCCUUGCUGGAGGACUUUAAGGGUUACCUGGGUUGCCAAGCCUUGUCCGAGAUGAUCCAGUUUUAUUUGGAGGAGGUGAUGCCCCAGGCUGAGAACGAGGACCCAGACAUCAAACAGCACGUGAACUCCCUGGGAGAAAAGCUGAAGACCCUCCGGCUGAGACUGCGGCGCUGUCAUCGAUUUCUGCCCUGUGAAAACAAGAGCAAGGUGGUGGAGCAGGUGAAGAGUACCUUUAGUAAGCUCCAAGAGAAAGGUGUCUACAAAGCCAUGGGUGAGUUUGACAUCUUCAUCAACUACAUAGAAGCUUACAUGACAAUGAAGAUGAAAAUCUGAAACAUGGUGGGGAACGAAACAUCCAGGAUGCAACUCUUCUGGACUCUAGGACAUAAAUUGGAGAUCUACAAAAUCCUACUCAGGGAUAUGGGACAACCAAACAGCUCCUUGGAGAACCCGGUCAUACCUCUCUCUUAGAAUAUUUAUUACUUCUGAUACCUCAACUCCCAUUUGUAUUUAUUUACUGAGCUUCUCUGUGAACUAUUUAGAAAGAAGCCCAAUAUUAUAAUUUUUUUCAAUAUUUAUUUUUUUUCACCUGUGUGUAAGCUGUUUAUGUAGGGUGAUACCCUAUGAUAUUUGAGUAUUUUAAGAGAAAUUGUAACUUAUAUAAGGAAAAAAAUGUUUCUUGGGGAGCCUACUGAUGCUUCCAUUCCAAGCCUGACCAUACUUAUAGCUGUUGAGCUAUUGUUCCUGACCUCCCUAUAAUUUCUCUGGGCCUGGGGCUCCUAGAGUAUUGUAAAGACUCUUACCCUCUUAGGAGGAGAAACUAGGGAGCCCCUUUGAUAAUUAAUAUUCCAGUGGCUCACAGGGAUUCCCUUGACCUCAUUCCUCAACCUCUUCAUUCUUGAAAGCUGUGUCCUGCUUGUUAUUUUAUAACAACCUAAAGUUGGUUCUAAUAGAACUCAGUUUUAACUAGAAGCAAUUCAAUUCCUCUGGGAAUGUUACAUUGUUUGUCUGUCUUCAUAGCAGAUUUUAAUUUUUAAUAAAUAAAUGAGUCUUAUUAAAAUUAUG